AUGCCACCCAAAACUAGCGGUAAGGCUGCCAAAAAGCGGGCAAGGCGCAGAAGAAUAUCUCAAAAUCUGACAAGAAAAAGAAGUGCAGGAGGAAGGAAGUUACGCAAUUUACACCUACAAGUACUGAAGCAGGUACAUCCCGAUACGGGUAUAUCCAGCAAAGCGAUGAGCAUCAUGAACAGCUUCGUCAACGAUAUUUUUGAACGUAUCGCUGCGGAAGCAUCCAGAUUGGCACAUUACAACAAACAUACCACUCGACUUGUCAUACAGCAGUAUUUAUAUAAUUUCGACCAUUGUACCAGUUAUCCAACUUUCACCAUGUUACUGGGUGUUUCCCUCAUCCUGAACGUAAACAACAAUUAG